UACAGUGUUGUUGGUUUUCCAGAAUCUCACGGAUCUUGGAGCCGCUUGUCCUGCAUGUCGACAUUUCGACGGGGCAACAUGUAGUCAUUCCUUUGAGAUAUAGCCCACAAGGGCCCCAGAUCUAAGGAAGCUCCCAUUUUCAUACAUCAUAUCCAUUCUGUUCAUAUUACUUUGCUUCACAAAGCUAUAACCCUAUUAGAAUUACCAUAUAUCAAAUAGACAAUAUCAUUCUUAGUGGGUGCCUAGUCGAUGCCAUGAUCAAUAUAGCAAGAAGGUACUACUCCUCUCGGCCGGCCUAAUCAUAUUCUUGUCGACUCCCUAUUCACGACAUGACCCUGAAUUUCCUCCAUGUACUGCUGUGUCUUCUAUUGCUUCGACAAAAGACAGCAGCAUUACAAGUUACUCCGGGCUCAUCGUGUGCGACUGUCUGCUUAGACGACUCUAAAGAUGAUUCGCAGAAUCCAGAUAUAUCAUCCACGACACCGUCGGAUAUAGUAUGCAAUGACCAGGAAUACACCAACACAACCAGUGGUACCAAGUUCAAGGCUUGUACAGAGUGUUUACAGGAAAGCCAUGCGAUGAGCAACGGAGAAAGCGAUAUCUUCUGGUAUCUGUACAACUUACGAUACUCGGUGGAUAAGUGUCUUUACAAUGACACCAAAUCUAGCUCAUCUCCAUGUAAUAUCGAUUACGCCUGUGCGCCUUUAAAGACGGCUUUGGAGGCCGGGAAUCUAAACCCCAGCAAUGGGACUCAACUCGAUUACUGCACAGCUGAUGGCGGUGCAUUCUCUGGCUCCCAGCUAGACAAUUGUAUUCAGUGCUUUCGUUCAAGCUCGAGCCAGUUUUUCAUGUCAAAUUUUCUCACCGGAUUGCAGGCUGGAUGUGAGCAGAAGCCUCAACCAGGAGACCUCAUCAGUUUGAGCGGGUCAUUGUUCACACGAUUUCAAGUGAAUAUUACUGCCACGCCCCAGAAUCAGACAGCUGCCUCUGACAACGACGACGCCUCUCACACGAGUAUGACUACUGGUGCAAUCGUAGGCAUAGCUGUUGGGGCUACAUUGCUCUUCUUAGGCGGAACAGGCUUGUUCUGGGUUCAUCAUCGAAGGCGGAAGUAUCAAUAUAACGACACUCUCGGCUCGCGAGACGGAAGCAAAUCUAUCUCUCCUCCGCCCAUGGGGGGUUAUCCUCGGUACUAUGGAGGCGGAAACGACUCUUUGCCAGCCGAUUGGGAACUACGAGCGCAACAGCCGUAUACUUACAAUACCCAAUAUUACGAACAGGUGGAAAAGGUGAUGGAAAGCGGCCAGAAUCCGAACCAAGCUGUCUUCGGACAGCAUAGCACCCUGCCCACACACCCAGCUUACCUCCCGCGAGUGGCGAGCCGGAACACUAGUCGAAACGACACCCCUAGCCCGCCGCCGCCGGUUAAAUCUAACAGGCCUGAUACAUUCGCCGUGAAUUCCUACCUCAACGCCGCCACUGCAGCACCUAAAACGUUCCCGAUGAUAGCACCGGGACCCGCCACCAAGACGGUCGGAAAGAGCACACUUCCUCCUUUACCACCACAACAACAGACCCAACCACAAAUUCAAAUUCAAAUUCAACCACCGCCCCAGCCACGAACGAUACCACAGAUAAAAAUUCCUCCUCCUAAUAUCGCAUCACAUAAUAAAAACCCAUCCCAGCCCCGAACCACCGCCCCCUUCCCCGGCCCCGUGCCCCCUCCACCACCAGGCCCACCCCCACCACGCGCACCACAGCUCUCGCUCCCAGAGCCGUCGCGCGCCCGGAAGCCGAUGAAGUACGCGCCGCCCCAGAUAACCAUCGUUCCGCCUCCCGCCCCCGCUCCACAGACACCGCCGCAUUCAUACCCCAACGACAGCGACAGCGACGAGUACGACGACGGCGACGAGGUCCUGUCGAUCGGCUUCGAGAUCAUGGGCCCGCCGACCGCUCGAACCGGACCAGGGCACGGCAUCGGCGACGGUUCGCGGUGGGAGCAGGAGUCGUUCGCCGGGUACGGGUCCAAGGUCGCGAGGACGCCGCGGGAGUAUUAUCUGCAGCAGCAACAAUCAUCAUCAUCAUCAUCAUCAUCGCAACUACCAUUACAAGCACACUCACGCCCAGAACCGCAGAUCAUCGAGCAGCACGCCGUGGACCGCCGGCGAAGGGAGACGCAGUUCACGGACAUCGAGACGGGUAUAUACACGGGCAGGUCUGAGGUAUAGGUAAUUAGAUGUCUGGCAUGUACCUAGGCACUUACCUCCACUACCUGCCUACCUAGUACCCACCUAGGUAGAGAUGUAUGUACAGGUACAAUGUAAUUAAUCAGUCACAUACAUACCUACUAGGUACUAUUAAAUGGUGAGGGUCAAAAUUGUGCUUUCUUCCUUUUCAGCGAUUGGCAUCGAAGGGCGAGCUGGCGUAUUGGUGGACUACGGUUUGGGAAAACUAGGUACUC